CCAACCAAAGAACCCUGAACAAAGAAUUAACGGGGGGAAGCAACCACAAAUUAAAAUGGCCAAAGGAAGCUCCUGCAUCGGUGCUACUCAUUUUGUCAUCUUGGCCAUUCUUGUUGUUGCUACCACCGUUAGCUCUGAUGAUACAACACCAAUACCAGCUGCUGAUUCUCAAGUAAGAAACUGGUUCAAUGCUAACGUUAAGCCCUAUGCAAGUCGCAAAGGCACCUUAGACGCCGCCCUUGAAGCUGCUGAGGCCAAACCCAGAACGAUUAAGGUCUCAAAAGAUGGAAAAGGAGAUUUCAAGACUGUUACUGAUGCAAUUAAAAGUAUUCCAUCAGGAAAUAUACAACGUGUAAUUGUGAACAUUGGUCCUGGAGUCUACACUGAGAAAAUCACAAUUGACAGGACUAAGCCUUUUAUUACAUUCCGUGGAGCUCCUAAUGCCAUGCCCACCUUAGCAUUUGGUGGUAUGGCCAAGCAGUAUGGAACUGUUUACAGCGCCACUUUAACGGUGGAGUCCGAUUAUUUCAUGGCCGCUAAUAUUAUUAUUAAGAAUACCGCACCAAGGCCUGACGGGAUAACAUCUGGAGCUCAGGCAGUUGCAUUAAGAAUUAGUGGUGACAAGGCAGCUUUCUAUAACUGCAGAAUUCUUGGAUUUCAAGACACAGUGUGCGAUGAUAGAGGCCACCAUUUCUUUAAGAAUUGUUACAUUGAAGGCACCGUUGAUUUCAUUUUCGGAAGUGGAAAGUCACUUUAUCUGGAAACACAGCUAAAUGUUAUAGCAGAUCAGGCGCUGACGGUCAUUACAGCACAAGCAAGGAAAAGCAGAUCAGAAGAUAAUGGUUACUCAUUUGUACACUGCAGAAUAACUGGAAGUGGGUCUGGGACAUAUCUGGGACGAGCAUGGAUGGAUAUGCCAGAGGUGGUCUUUGCUUAUACUGAUAUGGGCACCACUGUCAAUCUUCUUGGAUGGUCAAACAAUUUCCACCCUGAAAGAGAGAGCACGGUUUUCUUUGGAGAAUACAAGAAUUCGGGGGCAGGCUCAAAUCCUAGAGGACGUGUUAAAUUCACCAGGCAGCUAACGGAUGCAGGAGUGAAACGCUUCCUCUCCCUUGGCUAUAUUCAGGGUUCUAAAUGGUUGCUUCCACCUCCAAUGUAAAUGUAAUAUUAACACUUAUUCUUGGAGGAUUGUAUUUAUGCUAAAAUGUAUCCAAGGUUUAAUGCAAUGUAUAUUUAAUGGCAAGAGCAAUUAUCUCUUUUCCC